AUGAGCAUCUUCGCACUUGGCUCCAACGGCUCCGGCCAGCUGGGAAUCGGCCAUAUCGAAGAUGUCUCCACCCCGACCCAAUGCGUCUUCAGUACGGCCACCCCCAUAGCCCCAAACGACGAGGUCACCCGCAUAACCGCCGGAGGAAACCAUACCCUCCUCCUUACGAAGCAGGGCCAUGUCUACGCGGCAGGCUGUAACGACGAUGGCAGGUGCGGACCUGCGGCCUCGGCCGCGCGCGACAAAUCGGUCCAAACAUCAAACGAAGCAAAUCUCCUGCAUUUCCGCCGCCUCGUCCUGCCCGAUCCCGCCUCCGGCUCGCACAUAGAGACGUUCAAAUGCAUCUCAGCGACAUGGGAAGGGACUAUUCUCGUUGCAUCUGUGCCUUGCCCGCCAAGUGAUAGCGGUCGCUCAAUGCCCGUCUCGACUGAUAGGGUAUUCGUGCUUGGGUCGACGCCAAAGGGCGAACUCGGGCUCGGCGAGUCUGCGCAGUCCACACCUCCUUCGCCGGGAACAUGUAUCCCCGACUUCCCGCCGUCUGGAACUGAUGUUAUUGGUCUGGCCAGCGGGAUGGGGCAUACGGUGGCUAUCUUGUCGAGCGGGGAAGUAUAUGGAUGGGGCGGGGCGCGCAAGGGCCAGCUGGGAGAGGGAUCGAAGGCUCGGAAGAUUGUCUGGUCGCCGACUCGAGUCGAUGGUAUCCCAUUCCAUGCGAUGGGGGCUGUGUGUGGACGUGAGUUCACGGUUGUUUUGGGACGGCCGGGGCGUGGCGAGUUCAUUGUGCUUGGGGACCCUGCGAACCGCUGGGGUGUGCUGCGUAUCCCGGAUGCCUUACGAUAUGAUCCUGUUCCUGCUGCUGGGGUGGGAUAUUUGGAUAUUGGGGCUAGUUGGCAUGGUAUAUAUGUACAGCUGCCCGAGGCAGAAGUGCAGGAUCAGAGUGGUUCACGUUCCCUUCUUGCAUGGGGCCGGGAUGAUCGUGGGCAGCUCCCACCUAAGAAUCUUCCUUCUGUACGAAAUCUCGCCGUCGGCAGUGAGCAUGCUCUUGCGCUUCUGAAAGAUGGCUCUGUGGCGGCAUUUGGAUGGGGUGAGCACGGUAAUUGUGGCCCUGAUACGGAUCCGCGUGGCAAUGUUGCCGGUGAAUAUAAGGUCAUCCCGCUGCCACAUGCUGGGUUAGGAGAUCGGAAGAUCGUUAACGUUGGCGCUGGGUGCGCGACCAGCUGGCUGAUGGUGAAGUGA